GCUCUACCACAGCGACGGCAGCAGCCGCGGCGGCUGAGUCGGUGGUGGCGGCGGAGGAGGCGGCGGCGGCUGUGGCGGCUGCGGGCUGAGCAGCGAGUUUCCGAUUUAAAGCUGAGCUGCGAGGAAAAUGGCGGCGGGUGGAUCAAAAUACUUGCUGAACAGCGGAAUCAGAGACCAAUAAAAAUAAACUUCUACUUGAACAUCAUUUGACUGGUUAGCCAGAUGCUGCAACCCUACAAUAUAUUGAUAUGCAGAUCACAUGGACUUGCUGCAAGUUGCUGAUGUAUAUUCACGAUGAGUGGAUUAGGAGAAAACUCCUUGGAUCCACUGGUCCCUGAUUCACGAAAGCGCAAAUUGCCAUGUGAUACCCCAGGACAAGGUCUUACCUGCAGUGGUGAAAAGUGGAGACGGGAGCAGGAGAGUAAAUACAUUGAAGAAUUGGCUGAACUGAUAUCUGCUAAUCUUAGUGAUAUUGACAAUUUCAACGUCAAACCAGAUAAAUGUGCAAUUUUGAAGGAAACAGUAAGACAGAUACGCCAAAUAAAAGAGCAAGGAAAAGCUAUUUCCAAUGAUGAUGAUGUUCAGAAAGCUGAUGUAUCUUCUACAGGACAGGGGGUUAUUGAUAAAGACUCCUUAGGACCACUUUUACUUCAGGCAUUGGAUGGUUUCCUGUUUGUGGUGAAUCGUGAUGGAAACAUUGUAUUUGUGUCAGAAAAUGUCACACAAUAUCUGCAAUAUAAGCAAGAGGACCUGGUUAACACAAGUGUCUAUAAUAUCUUGCAUGAAGAAGAUAGAAAGGAUUUCCUUAAAAACUUACCAAAAUCUACAGUUAAUGGAGUUACCUGGACAAAUGAGACCCAGAGACAAAAAAGCCAUACAUUUAAUUGCCGUAUGUUGAUGAAAACACCACAUGAUAUUGUGGAAGACAUGAACACUAGUCCUGAAAUGCGCCAGAGAUAUGAAACCAUGCAGUGCUUUGCCCUGUCUCAGCCACGAGCUAUGAUGGAGGAAGGGGAAGAUUUGCAAUCCUGUAUGAUCUGUGUGGCACGCCGCAUUACUACAGGAGAAAGAGCAUUUCCAUCAAACCCUGAGAGCUUUAUUACUAGACAUGAUCUUUCAGGAAAACUUGUCAAUAUAGAUACAAAUUCACUGAGAUCCUCUAUGAGACCUGGCUUUGAAGAUAUAAUUCGAAGGUGUAUCCAGAGAUUUUUUAGUCUUAAUGAUGGGCAGUCAUGGUCUCAGAAACGUCACUAUCAAGAAGCUUAUAUUCAUGGCCAUGCAGAAACUCCAGUGUAUCGAUUCUCUUUGGCUGAUGGAACUAUAGUGACUGCACAAACAAAAAGCAAACUCUUCCGAAAUCCUGUAACAAAUGAUCGUCAUGGUUUUGUCUCAACCCACUUUCUUCAGAGGGAACAGAAUGGGUAUAGACAGAACCCAAAUCCUGUUGGACAAGGCAUUAGACCUCCAGCGGCUGGAUGUAAUUCGGUAGGUGGCAUGAGCAUGUCACCAAACCAAGGCUUACAGAUGCUGAACAGCAGGGCCUAUGGCUUGGCUGACCCUGGCACCACAGGGCAAAUGAGUGGAGCUAGGUAUGGGGCUUCCAGUAACAUAGCCACAAUGAACCCUGGGCCAGCCAUGCAGUCACCAUCUUCCUACCAGAACAACAACUAUGGUCUCAACAUGAGUAGCCCCCCACAUGGGAGUCCUGGUCUUGGCUCCAACCAGCAGAAUAUCAUGAUUUCUCCUCGUAACCGCGGGAGUCCGAAGAUGGCCUCACAUCAGUUUUCUCCUGUUGCAGGUGUGCACUCUCCUAUUGGAUCUUCGGGCAAUACUGGGAGCCACAGCUUUUCCAGCAGCUCGCUCAGUGCCCUUCAAGCUAUCAGUGAGGGUGUGGGGACGUCUCUUUUAUCUACUUUGUCUUCACCAGGCCCUAAAUUGGACAACUCUCCCAAUAUGAAUAUAACUCAACCAAGUAAAGUGAACAGUCAGGAUUCAAAAAGUCCCUUAAGCUUGUAUUGUGACCAGAAUCCAGUGGAGAGUUCAAUGUGUCAGUCAAAUAGCAGGGAUCACCUCAAUGACAAAGACAGUAAGGAGAGCAGCGUUGAAGGAUCAGAGAAUCAGCGGGGUCCUCUGGAAAGCAAAGGUCAUAAAAAAUUACUGCAGUUACUUACCUGUUCUUCUGAUGACCGGGGUCAUUCCUCUUUGACCAACUCCCCCCUGGAUUCAAGUUGUAAAGACUCUUCCAUUAGUGUCACCAGCCCCUCUGGGGUCUCCUCUUCAACAUCUGGAGGAGUGUCCUCCACAUCCAGUAUGCAUGGGUCACUGCUGCAAGAGAAGCACCGGAUUUUGCACAAGUUGCUGCAGAAUGGCAAUUCACCAGCUGAAGUGGCCAAGAUCACCGCAGAAGCCACUGGAAAAGACACUAGCAGUGCAACAUUCUGUGUGGAAGGAAACGUCAAGCAGGAGCAACUAAGUCCUAAGAAGAAGGAAAAUAAUGCCCUGCUCAGAUACCUGCUAGACAGGGACGAUCCUAGUGACACACUCUCUAAAGAAGUACAGCCCAAAGUGGAGGGAGUAGACAACAAAAUGAGUCAGUGCAGCAGCUCCACCGUGCCUAGCUCGAGCCAAGAGAAAGACGCUAAAAUUAAGACAGAAGCAAAUGAAGAGGGAUCUGGAGAUUUGGAUAAUCUAGAUGCUAUUCUUGGGGAUCUGACUAGUUCUGACUUUUACAGUAAUUCCGUAUCCACAAAUGGUAGUAAUCUGGGAACCAAGCAACAAAUGUUUCAAGGAACUAAUUCUCUGGGUUUGAGGAGUCCACAGUCUGUUCAGUCCAUUCGUCCUCCAUACAACCGAGCAGUGUCUCUAGAUAGCCCUGUUUCUGUUGGCUCAAGUCCUCCAGUAAAGAAUAUCACUGCUUUCCCCAUGUUACCAAAGCAACCCAUGUUGGGUGGGAAUCCAAGAAUGAUGGAUAGUCAGGAAAAUUAUGGUUCAAAUAUGGGUGGACCAAACAGAAACGUGACUAUGAAUCAGACUCCUUCCUCUGGAGACUGGGGCUUGUCAAACUCAAAGGCCAGUAGGAUGGAAUCCAUGAGUUCAAAUUCCAUGGGAAGACCAGGAGCAGAUUUUAAUGCUUCUUUACCCAGACCUACAAUGGGUGGCUCGAUGCCCACCUUGCCUCUUCGGUCCAAUAGCAUUCCUGGUGCAAGACCAAUGUUGCAGCAGCAACAGCAGCAGCAGCAACAGCAGCAACAGCAACAGCAACAUCAACAGCAACAGCAACAUCAGCAGAUGCUUCAAAUGCGGCCUGGUGAAAUUCCCAUGGGAAUGGGGGUCAGUCCUUAUGGCCCAGCAGCACCAUCUAACCAAUCAGGUUCCUGGCCAGACGGCAUGUUGUCCAUGGAACAAGGCCCUCAUGGGACUCAAAAUAGGCCACUCUUCAGGAAUUCUCUGGAUGAUCUUCUUGGGCCACCUUCUAACCUAGAAGGACAGAAUGAUGAAAGAGCAUUGUUGGACCAGCUGCACACACUCCUAAGCAACACCGAUGCCACAGGCUUAGAAGAAAUUGACAGAGCUCUGGGCAUCCCUGAACUUGUAAAUCAAGGACAAGCUUUGGAGCCCAAACAGGAUGUUUUCCAAGGCCAAGAAGCAACAGUAAUGAUGGAUCAGAAGGCAGCAUUUUAUGGGCAGAUGUAUCCAGCACAGGGGACUCCAAUGCAAGGAGGCUUUAAUCUUCAGGGACAAUCACCAUCUUUUAACUCUAUGAUGAGUCAGAUGAACCAGCAAGGCAAUUUUCCUCUCCAGGGAAUGCAUCCUAGGGCCAACCUCAUGAGACCUCGGACAAACACCCCCAAGCAACUUAGAAUGCAGCUUCAGCAGAGGCUACAGGGCCAACAGUUUUUGAACCAGAGCCGGCAGGCACUGGAAAUGAAAAUGGAAAACCCCACUGCUGGUGGAGCGGCGAUGAUGAGGCCCAUGAUGCAGCCCCAGGUGAACUCCCAGCAGGGGUUUCUUAAUGCCCAGAUGGUUGCCCAGCGCAGCAGGGAGCUGCUAAGUCAUCACUUCCGACAGCAGAGGGUGGCGGCGAUGAUGAUGCAGCAGCAGCAGCAGCAGCAGCAACAGCAGCAGACCCAGGCCUUCAGCCCACCCCCUAACGUGACCGCCUCCCCCAGCAUGGAUGGGGUUUUGGCAGGGCCUGCCAUGCCACAGGCUCCACCCCAGCAGUUUCCAUAUCAACCAAAUUAUGGAAUGGGGCAACAACCAGAUCCAGCCUUUGGUCGAGUGUCCAGUCCUCCUAAUGCAAUGAUGUCAUCAAGAAUGGGUCCCUCCCAGAAUCCUAUGAUGCAGCACCCUCACACCGCACCUAUGUAUCAGUCCUCGGAAAUGAAAGGCUGGCCAUCAGGAAACCUGGCCAGGAACAGCUCCUUCCCCCAGCAGCAGUUUGCCCACCAGGGGAAUCCUGCAUAUAAUAUGGUGCACAUGAAUGGCAGCAGUGGUCCCAUGGGACAGAUGAACAUGAACUCCAUGCCCAUGUCUGGCAUGCCCAUGGGCCCUGAGCAGAAAUACUGCUGACAUCUCCACACCAGGACUUCUGAAGAAAUCACUGUACAAAUGACACUGCACUAGGAUUAUCGGGAGUAAAGAAUCAUUAUUCUAGGCACCCAGCUUUGAAGAAAGGACCAGCUUUGAUCUUCAUCAAGGGUAUUCCAAGUGAUGUCAUUUGAAUAGGACUGGAUUUUAAGCUGAAGUGCGAUACCCCCCCCCCCCCAUGUAUCAUGGUGUUCAAAACAAAUAGUUUUGGCAUUCUGCUUCUUAGGGAGAUGGUUCUGGAGGUAACGGAGUGUUAUUGAUCACAAAACACUCCUUUGGCCCUCUGUCUGCCUGGCUAUUCAGUACAGGACGUUGGAGAAAUCAGGAGACAUGAGAACAUCUGGUUUCUCUAGUUGCAGUAUUGGAGGAAGAGCACGUGCCAGCCUUCAUUUGUUUUUGUCACUGCCAGGUAGUUCUGUUUCGUAGGGUUGGCAUUUCUGAAUUCUCUUUUAAUGAUAGUGUUGAGUUGCUCCAACCCUAUUCUUGGUUGUCCUAGGCUUUAGUUAGGCUUUUUAUUUCCUCCUAACGUUUUGUCAUACUUCACCUCCAGGAAUUCUCCUUGAUGUCAAAUGGCCUUGUAGAAGGGGAAAUGAGAUGACAGUAUUUAAUUGCAGCAGUAGCAACUUUUCACAUGCUAACGUGCCGCCGAGUGCACUUUAUUUAAAAAAUAGUGGAUAAAUGCAAUAUUCUUGAGGUCUUGAGGAAUGGUGAAUCACAUUCCUGGUUUUUGUCUAAUCUGUUGGAUAAGAACUAUGAUUUUGUUGUUGUUGAAAGUACUGGUGUCACCGUUUGCCUAUAUGGUAGAGCAAUAACGCUUUUUGAAAAUAAACUGCAGAAAACCCAAGGCCAGGUACUGCAUUCUGAAUCAGAAUUUCGCAGUCUUUCUGUGAAUAGAUUUUCUUUUGUAAAUAUGACCUUUAAGAUAUUAUAUCAUGUAAAAUAUGUAUAUACUUUUUUUGUAGGUCACAACAGCUCAUUUUUACAGAGUUUGUGAAGCUAAAUAUUUAACAUAGUUGAUUUCAGUAAGCUCAGCGUGGUGAGGUUACAAAUAGAAGAGACAUCCCUGAAUUUUUUGGCCUGGGGGACAGGACAGCGAUCCAAAGCUUUUCCUUCUCUCCAGCCUUAGAUGCCUCGCUCUUUUCAGUCUCUUAAUCUAAAAGCUUUUUAAAGAGAUCAUUUGUUUAGAUGUAGGCAUUUACAUUUUUUUUUUAAAUUCUUCUACCAGAACUAAGCACUUUGUUAAUUUUUGGGGAAAGAAUAGACAUGGGAAAAUAAACGUUUUAAAAAAAGGUAUCAAGAAUUUAAAAAUAUUAAGCAAUUUGAUUUAAAGUGGUCCAUAAAUAAAACAAUAACAAUUCAUGGUUUUUUUUUUUUAAUUGGUGUCUUUUUGUCCACUUGAGGAUUGCUCUAGGUUUUGGUUUCUAGGACCUGAAUCCCAAUUGAGCUCUCAGGAGUGGAAUCCUUGAUGUGUGGUUUCCGAUGUCUGCUCAGCUGUGCUGUCAUUCACUAACAUGAUGCUUUCACCAUCCCUGAGAAUAAGAGUUGUGUCCUGGUAAUUUUCGUAAGGACUCGGCCCCGGGAAGCCAGUUUUGCAUGAUUCAGAGCUGCAGUCUGAGCACUGCUGCACUCCCUCCUUCUGCUACCCCUGCCCUUGUCUGCUGUCACCACUCCCUGACACUUGUCAGUUGGGAGUAGAAAAAAAAUCAGAUUUAAUUCCCUGUAUCUGGUUUACUUUAUUAGGUUCAUAUAAUUGAAUGAAAUUGGGUUUUUGGAAUAUCUAUGAAUUUCAAAUGUCUCUGUUAGCUUUGGUGUCACAUCCUAGCAAUAAUUGAGAGCCAGUUAAUUUUUAUUUCACACACAUUGAGCUAAUCUUUCUAGGUGCCUCUAAGGUAAGAUCAUUUAAUUUCUUUAUGAAUAAGUGAAAUCGGUAUUUCCAGAACCACCACUAGAAUGGAUUUGAAUCUGACACCCCAUUCCCUCCUGCCCCGUUAAAAAUAAAUCUAAUAUUGUAAAUCCAUCAACUUCCAUCAUAGUGGCCUGUACUUUUCAGAUAACACAUCCUCCUGUCUGGAGACAGAGACAUAACUAAGUGUCUGUCUUUUUAGACACAGUUGUGUGAGGUAUGUCUGAACCUUUCUUGUUUAAGUUGUGUGUGCGUGAGAGAAACAGAAUGGUGCUCUUACCUUUCUUGACUUUUAAAAAAGAACAAAAAGUUUUGUGAUUCUUUUCCUUAGUCCUGGCUCCAGGCUAACGAAGGCAGCACCCCUUUUUUAUAUGAAAAAACAAAAGUUAUAAGUUUUUAUAUUUUCUACUUGUUCAUUUUAUUGGUGCAAACUUAAGAUUCUGAUUUUCUUUUAAUAGAUGCAGUCUUUGAGAUAAUUUGUUGUUUUUAACCUUUAUUGCCCUUUUAUCUUUUUUGGAUAAUUCUUUGUACUCCUGCUGCCUACCUCUCCUCUCCCUACUUUUUUAAACCUUGGUAUUUGUUGGGUGAACAGUAUAAGUAAUCUUUUCAUCAGCUUUUAGAAUGUGAGAUAUUUCCAAUAUACCUUUUUUGCUGAAUCCAAAGAUAUAUAUAUAUAAUAUAUUUUUAAAGAUCAAAAUGAUAUAAAGGAGGUACAUGUUUCUUCCUUUAAAAAAACAAAGAGAGAUUGUUAAUGUUCAUAUUAUGAUGUCACUUUUCUAAGUUGUACAUCUUGAUGGAAAGGUGUAAAUAUCAAUCAGUAAGACUGCUUAAUCCUAUUCGCUCCCCGAGGUGAGUUGCGGGUGUAGAGGGGAGGUACUGUAGAACAUUGGUUUGCUGUCCUAAAAGUUCUUUGAUCCAGAGAUAGAUGCAGCUGGAAAGUAACAGAAUGCAUUGCCCGUUACCCAUAUGCCUGUCCAGUUCCCUUUUUAUUUGCAGAAGCCAUGAGUUUGUUCCCAAGUGGGAGAUGCAGAGGAGCAGGAGCUGCUGUUGAGCCCAAGGCAAACUGUUUAAUGAGCAGGGUGUUCUUUUUUCCUUCUUUCUCUUCUUCUCUUUCCAAUGUAUGGGAUUUUGAAGAUGGAAAUGUCAUUCUGAGAGCAAUAUUUAAAUUCUCAGGAAUUGACUUAAAGUGUUGAGAAUGAAUUCAAUCAAGUUUACAUUAAAUGUUGUUUUUUAAAGAAAUCUAAACCAUCCUUUAAACUGCAAAGACUCCAGACCACGUGGGAUAACUUAUGAGAUGGUUGUGUGGUAAGCUAUGACUGUUUUGCUGAUCAUUUGGGUGUCAUUGUAAAUAAAGGUUUCUAUUUAAAAUUGAA